UAUCACAAUUUCGCAAACAUAAAUGCUAAUUUCAAUUUUCAAAAAGUCAAGUGAAGACAUAAAUACUGAAUUAAACUGCGCGUAAUCCCGAAUAAAAUGGCUUCUAGUUAUUUCACUGAAAGCGAGGCUCCGAGAGAUUUUAGAGUUUCUUCAACAGAGAGUGACGGGCAAUACACAAAAUGCCACCUGUGCUAUACAGUAAAGAGGAACUUUUACUGCACGGACUGUAUAAAAGAAGGAAAUUUUGUACAUAGUUCAAUGCCUUAUUCGGACAGAUAUUCAGAAAAACUCUCAAAACUACUGAGAUUAAAAAUGAAUCGCAAGCACAUACUAGAUCGCUGUGAGAGGCUCCUAGCCCCGAAGCUAAAAAAGGACUCCCUCCUGACAGAAGCAAAACAAUGUAGAGACAAAAUUGACCUACUGAAAUUAGCAAUAAAUCAAAGACGCAGCAAUGUAGAUGAAAAGAAAAAAGAGUUAAGUGAGCUAAAAACUUACAAUACAGAAUUGCGUUUACGGCUUCCAAGAUAUCAGAAAAGGGUAGCAAGUCUGGGUACCCAUUCAGAGAAACAGAAAUUGGAAUUGCAGCAUAAAAUUAAUCUGUACAAUGAACAGGCUGACUCGUUGGCUGCACUACGCAGGUCUUGGAUACGCCAACUGACCACUUAUAUAUUUCCUGUGUAUAUGAGUUAUGAUACAAGUGACAGCAUAGAAGACUUGGAGUUUAUAGGAGAAGACCUCCAAGAACCAGUGGGAAGAGCUCAACUACACAUUGUUGCUCCAAGCAUCAGCACCGAUGGAGAUUACUCGGAUAUAACCUUAG